AUGUUUAAAUUACAAGUUGUGAUAAUCCCCCAGAGCGUCCUGGCAUCUUCGGAGCAGUUAGGAACUACCUCUUCAAUUGUUUCCUCCAACACAGAAAAUGGAGAGACUGGAAUUUUAGCAAAUUUUGAAGAACAACAAUCAGCUACGAACAAUGCAUUGAGAAGGUACACCCUAGGACCAGGCGACUUGGCCUUCAGCACCCCUAUGUUUAUGCCCAGGAUGCAACAGAUUAAUCCAAAUGGAAGUUUCAUGAUGCAACCGUCCUUUGUGUCUUCAUUUCAGCAACCGAAGUUCGGCAAUAAAAUCAAGAAGUUUUUGCACAUCACCUCUGCCAGCAACACCCUAGGCCAGGUGGCCCUAGAAAUUCAGCAAAGAUUUUCUAAACUUUAUCCUUAUGAAGGCCCUUUGCAGAUUGAAAGAAUCCAAAACAUUGAAGAGUGUGAUUUAGACCCUGAUUAUACAGUCUCGCUUAUAUUUGAUACAAGUAAUAUAUGUCGAGUGAUUGUAUCCAAUGAAUUCUUAGAUUCCGAUUCUGCCUAUAUCAAUAGUAAUGGCAAACGUCAUCUAACUGGUGAAUUGAACAAGGUUAUGAAAAAAGUUAGAAAAUCAGCUACUCCAAACGGGAAUUCAUCAUCAAUCUGGUCAUUUAAUGAAGAAAACCCAUCUCCCAACCAAAACACCCCUAAGUUGCAUUUGAACAAGCCAAUUGCAAUGAGAGAAAGUGAUAGCCAUAAUAUUUCUUUACCAAUACCAGACGUCGAUGACACAAUAAUUCACCCAACAAAGAGGAACAAUUUGAAAUUGGCAUCUCCAAUAAUAGCUCCUGGCUCUCCAACCAGAAUUACUUCUGGUAUGUUAGAUUCUCAAUCAAAACCUAAUUUGUCCAAGGUCGACUAUGAGGAAGAUAUUAACGGCUCUAUGUAUAUCGAUGAAUCUUCUAAGAAAGUGCCAUCAAAAGAGGAUGCUCAGAAGAAUAAGCAAUCCUCAGACGAACCCUUCUUAUCCAAUUUGAACCCAGAUUCUUCGCUUAUACAUGAAGCAGAUCUUUCUAGUUCCUCAGUUAAAAACACAAGAACUCCUGACCCUAAAAAUAAGAAGCAGAAACUAAAUCCACAAUCAAGUCCAUUGACCAAGACCAAGAACGCUUCACCUGACAAUGCAACCCGUAUAUUAGAAAAGUCAACUGAAAGCACUAAGUCAACCGAAAUUGAGAAGAUGGUUACUGCGAAUAAGAGAAAGCAACAGGAGACAAACGGAACCAUUAAGGAAAACACCGAACAGUUAACCAGUGAAAAAGAAAAGAAAGCGGAGAAGCUUGCUAAAGAAAGGGCAGAAAAGGCAGAACAAAUUUCAAGGGAGAAAGCAGAAAGAGCAGAACGUUUGGCCAAAGAGAAGGCUGCAAAGGCGGAGCGUGUGGCUAAAGAAAAGGCGGAAAAGGCAGCAAGGUUAGCAAAACAAAAAGCAGAGAAGGCGGCAAGACUGGCUAACGAGAAAGCAGAAAAAGCGGCCAAACAGCAAAGAUUAAAAGAAGAGAAAGAGAGAGCUGCUAAAGAGAAAGCAGAGAGGAUAGCCAAGGACAAGGCAGAGAAGGAAAGACUAGCUAAAGAGAAAGCUGAAAGAUCAGCGAAAGAAAAAGUAGAAAAAGAGAGACUAGCUGCAGAAAAGCUAGAGAAGGAAAAGAUGGAAAAGGAGAAGCUAGAGAAGGAGAAGCUAGAGAAGGAAAAGAUGGAAAAGGAAAAGAUGGAAAAGGAGAAGCUAGAGAAGGAAAAGAUGGAAAAGGAAAAGAUGGAAAAGGAAAAGAUGGAAAAGGAAAAGAUGGAAAAGGAAAAGAUGGAAAAGGAAAAGAUGGAAAAGGAAAAGAUGGAAAAGGAAAAGAUGGAAAAGGAAAAGCAGGAGAAGGAACGUUCAGCUAAAGCAAAAGCAGAAAGAAUCGCCAAGGAACUUGCUGCAAAGGAAAAGGCCGAAAGAUUAUUGAAAGAGAAAGCCGAUAAAAUUGCAAUGUCAGCAUCUCAGAAGGCCGCUCCAGUUGAGAAUAAGGACAUUACAGAGAAACAGAAAGUAGAUGAUCCUACGAAGGAUUUGGUUGAAUCGUCCAGCGAAGAAGAUGAAACGAUUGUUAACAAAACUAAUAAUUCCAACAAACCUGCUAAAAUUCAAAAAUUAAUUAUCAAUCUUCCAAAGAAUAUUGCUCCCCCGGGUACCACUCCUAAUAAAAUGGCAGAGGCCCAUAUUUUCGAUAAGUCUAAGGUGAUAGACGAUAUAGUAGGCAAGCAGUCUACCAAAGGCAAUGAGAAGGCGACACGACAUGUUGAAAUCAGUGGAGAAAUAGACACCUCCAAUAUAUUACCACAAAAAGUUAGAUCCACUAAAGCCAAUGUCACCACAAUAACCUCAUCCGAUUCAGAAAAUAACAAGAACUCUAAUACUAAUUCGGACUCUGAGUCAUCCAGCUCUUCAGAGUCUGAAUCUGAAGAGGAAACUUCAAAACCGAAAAUCGUUGCGGCGCCAAGAUCGGCUUCAUCUUCAUUUACAGCUAGCUCGAAGUCCAAACCAUUGGAAUCUUUGGCCAAACAGACUAUUUCUAGCUCAAAUUCAGCCAAUGCUUCAAAGUCCAUCACACCAUCCAAGCAAACAUCACCACCAUCUGUAAAUCCAAUUAAACCUGUUACUCCAUUAGGUUCUGCUAUUUCGAAACGGUCAUCUCUCCCAAGAUUGUCAAACUACAUUGAUAAAAAACUACCAGAGGUCAGAAUGCAAAAGAAGCAAGCGGUGAAGCCAAGUAUUGCAGAAUCUGGUUCCGAGACAGACCAAGACUCCGAGACCGAUAGCGAUUCCGAUAGCGAGAGCGGUAGUGAUAGUGAUUCUAACAGCGAUUCAGAUGACGAGUCAGAUUCACCUUCCGCUGGUAACUUCAUGGAUUCCAAGAAAGCGAAUAAGUUUGUUACAACUAAAAAACCAAAGAAAGCUAAAAAGAAUUCUGGUUUCAGUGCAUUGAUGAAGGACUCAAAAAGGUAA